CCACCAAGGUCAGAGCUGGGCUGAGCAGCUGCGUUCUCUUAGACUGUAGAAACAGGACAAUUUCCCCAGAACCCUCCAGCUCAGCAUCAUAUUUGGAUAGUCUGCUGUGCUUCCUGUACACCCGUGUAUUCUCACUGAGCAUCUUGAAAGCAUUUUGGCCAGCAUCACAGAUGCUGCAGUUCCAGCUUGUUGUGGUGCAUUUGGCCCUUGUGAUUACCCUGCUGCGGUGGCACUCUAGUUCAGUGCUCCUCGCAGAGGCAGUGCCAGAGCCUUUGGAGCCUUCUGCUGCUCUGGGCAUGGGAGCAAAUCCCACUGCCAGUGAAGAGAAGUCAGCCACCAACCUGGCAGCCAAACUGUUCCUUCUUGAUGAGCUGGUGUCUUUGGAGAAUGACGUGACCGAGACCAAAAAGAAAAGAAGCUUCCCGGGAUUUGGCUCCCCAAUCGACAGGAUUUCUUCAACCUCUGUGGAUGCUAAAGCCAAACAGAGGAAAGCGGUUGAGCUGCCUAAGAGAAGGUUUGGAGUUCCUCUUGACCGAAUUGGAGUGAGCCGUCUCAGCAACACCAAGGGUUAGCAGUUCCUGCAAAGUGCUUCUGUUCUGAAUGAUUGAUGCUGUAUUGGAAACAUUUCAGGAAUACAGAAGAUGCAUCACAGCAUGUCUUGUCAUUGACUAAUGAUUCAACAUGCAAGGAAUUGACGUCCUGCAAAAUCUGUUUCACGUUGCAUUUUACAAAUGUUGCAUUUACAAGUAAUAACAAAUUCAAUUUAUCAGGUCAGAAUGCUCUCACAGUUGUGCACAGUGCCACUGAUAGGAGGGAACAGAAAAUAUGUAUAUAGUUUAAUUGCAUGGCAUUUAUUUCUUAAACCUGCAGAAGUUCAUAAUCCUAGCAAGGACUGUUAGAUUUUUUUGGAUUGAAAAUAAAACUUCCAGAGAUGCCAACAGCAGUCCAUGAAAAGCAGACAGUUUGCUUUGCACGUUUCUUUCAAGAAGGUUUUUGUUUGGUAGCUGAAGGGAGGAUUUAACAGCUACAGGACAAACCUAGAAUGUAUUUGAACUGCUGUUUGGGAGAAGAUGUCUACUGACUUCACUAGGAGUUAGUCUGAAUAAGAACUAUGACAAUACCUUAAUAUUUGUCCUGAAGUUUUUAGCAGUCUUUCUCUUAUCUCUUCACCAUAUUUAGACAUGUUUUCAUCAUAUGGCAGAUCCUGGAAUGUGGUAAGACUUCUAGUUUCCUCCUCUAAACUGACGAAUACAUUUCACUCCUCCCUAUGCAUAACAUAGGAUAGCAUCCAAAUAUGAAGUCAUCUGCUUCCUAAGCCAUCUGCAUCAUAUGCCUUAUUUUAGACUCUUGAUGAGUGCAUGGGGCAUAACCAGACAUCCAACUCUUAAAGUUCAAGAAUUUCUCACUCUGGUAAAAUGUAAACGUGUCCUCUCUACUUAAUUUCAGAGUAAAACAGGUUAUCUUAAAUCCUGUUUCAUGCUUUUCACUUCUUUCCAGAUAAUAAAAUAUAGCUGAAAAGAGCUGUUUGCUGACAUCUCAAUGCUCAGAUUCCUAGCUGACGUUUUCUAAAUGUCACGUGUUCCAUCUUGGACUCUGAUCCAUGUCAGCUAAAUUCCUUGGAUUGCUAUUCUUGGGUAUAAAUCAACCUGAGAAUUACCAAAGAAGAUACAUUGAGAAAGGGAUUAUGCAGGACUAAAAAAAAAGAAAGAAAAAAGAUUCUUGCCAAGCACCCUCUGUUGGGCAGAGGGUAAUGUUGGAGAGAGGAAAUAAGAGUUAAUUUCCCGAUCUUAUGUGAAGCACAAAGCACCUGGCCAUCAGCUAGCAAAAUGAAGAAAAAUACAGUCAGCUUUUCAGUCAGCUGCAGGAAAAGAGAAGUCAAUGAGUCUUUGAAAUUACAGCUGCUCUGAGGAUUAUGACUUUGGAACAAUUGCCCCAGGUCAGGCCAUGGUGGGAGAUGAGGCUCCCACUCAGAAGGGCAGGUAGCAUCCAAUACACGUCUGAAUGUAUGUGCUCAGCCAUAGCAGGGGCCUUUCCCAUUUUCCCUCUUGCUUACAGCCCUACCCUGAGACCACGACUGGACCAGCCAGAGAAACUUUGCAAGAAACUUUGCUUUUCUUGACAUCUUUGAUAUAGACUAAUGCUUCUGAGAACAGCUGCACAAACCAGUGAAUCCCAUUAAGAGGUGCCCCCAUCUCUCCCAUCAAGCAGAGCACACUCUGGUUGAAUUAGGUGAUAAUUUCUACUUCAGUGGGUAAGUUAUCAGUGCUUGUGUGUGAGGUGAUGAAGCACUGCAGAUGCUUUCCAGACAAAGAUCUUGAAAGUCAUAGAAAGAAAGAAGAGCUGUAAGUCCAUGGUCUUCUUUGUUUUUUACUCUCUGCUUUCACCUUGGUCCUACUGCUCAUUUUCUGCCUUUACACUUGCAGGUGAAGGCUCUGAGAGCUGGAUUGAGUGGGUUUGUGUAGACUGGCUGACCAGAGACAGGAUUUUCUGUCCAUGCUAGAAGCAAAUCUGCAACUGCAGACAAGCCCAGACUCUGUCCUCUGCAGUGCACUGCCACCAUCUAUCCUGAGCCCGCCCUGUGGUUUAGGGAACAGUUAUCUUAUUGAGCUGAGCUCAUCCAGACAGUCUGAAGAUAAUCUGCUUGCAAGGCAGCCAUAUGUAUGGGGCAAGGGCAGAUUAGGGAAGUGAUGUACUCCUGGCCACUCAUACAGCUGUCCAUCAAAAGCAGCACGGACAGAUUCAUUGUCUGAUGUAUUUUGAGAGACUCAGACCAGAAGAAUCCAAUGCUAACACAGCAGCCUUUCAAAAACACUGCUGGAUCAUAAAAGUAUUGGAACAGUUGGCAGGUAUUAGCCUGGGCUUCCAAAUGAAGAUGGAAGGCUUUAGAGCCUGUAGUUGUGUGCAGAAAUGCCCUCCAUGUGAAGGGUGAUGUGAAAUUAAAGCAGGACAGAGGUGUCUGUGGUGGUAUUGCUUGAAACUGGGAGCUGGAAACCUCAAUCUUGCUCUUGGCUCCCACCUCACUGCAUAGAUUACUUGGGAGAAAGUAGCAUCCUUUCUGCUCCUCUACUCCAUCCACCGCAGAGCACACUGAGACCUCCUGUGGCUCAAAAAGCUCUCUUUAAAAUCCAUAAAUUGGCAGGUGCUCCUUAAAAGAUGAUGAUGUCUGAAAGGCUGAAACCCACAAUUUAUUUUCAUAGAUGAUAUUGGAUAGCUUCAGUCAGCAUGCAUAGCAUGAAAGUCAACAAAUGUGAAAUGAGGAUAUACUACAGCAUCCGUUGCAUGCUAGCUUUGCCCUGUGCUGCCUAUUUGCAAAUCUAUUUGGAUGCCCAUGAGGAUUUUCUACUAAUAAAUCAACAUGGUCUACUAGAAUGUG